ACAGUGACAAGAGGGAAAUGAAAGGGUUAGUUCCUCUUUUUUUUGCAUGUGGAAGUUCACAUCUGCAUGAUAAGUUUGGUUUUGGGUUAAUGAUUUCAUUUCAGACGCUGGGACUGAAACAUAGAGAUCGCUAACAACCAAUCUACAGCACAAGCAAGAUGAUUGCUGUGUUAGUGAUGCUUAUGGUCGGGCUGGUUUCUGCCAAAGUUGUCUGUCCAGACGGGAAAGAAUGUCCAGACAAAAAUACCUGCUGCCCUAUUACAACAGGAUAUGCAUGCUGCCCCUAUCCUUCUGCCGUAUGCUGUCCAGACAAGGCUCACUGCUGUCCAGAAGGCUACCAGUGUAACAGAGAGUCUCAGGAGUGUGUGAAAAAAGGGCUUCCAUGGCUUAAAAUCCCUGUUUCCACACAAAUACCUGCAGAGGAGGAAGAAAAAACAUCUCUUGCUCCUCUGGUGCAAUCUCCUGCUUCUGUGGUUAGCUGUGACAGCGUCUCAUUCUGCCCUGAUGGAACAACCUGCUGCAGGUCUCCUCGUGGGCAGUGGACAUGCUGCCCAUACACUGUGGGUCAGUGCUGCAAUGAUGGCAUCCACUGUUGUCCCUUUGGUUAUCACUGUGACAGCACAUCCACCCAGUGUUUCCGUGGAGCACUGAGUUUUCCUGCAUCCCCUCAGAUUGAUGCCAUGCGAAGCGAUAUUAUUCAGACGCCUGCAGUGGAGGAAGAGAAACUAACUCCUGCUCCUCUGGUGAAAUCUAGCAAUCCUUCAGUGGUUUUCUGUGACAGCAACUCUUUCUGCCCUGAUGGUACAACGUGCUGUAGGUUUUCUUUUAGCCAGUGGACGUGCUGCAUAUACGUUUUGGGUCAGUGCUGCGCUGAUGGCAUCCACUGCUGUCCCUUUCUUUAUCGCUGUGACUUCACAUCCACCCGCUGUUACAGGGGAACAAUUAGUAUUCUUGCAUCUCCACAGAUUCCUGCCAUUCAGAGCAACACCAUUCAGGAUCAGUGCUGUCAAAGUGAGACAGGCUGCUGUGACAGUGGGUUUCACUGUGAUGAGAAGACUAAAACCUGUGUGAGAGACUUUGAACAAAUGUCUCCACUGAAGACCAUGUUAAAACUUCAGAAUCAGGACGCCGUCAUACAUUGCAAUGACCAAUUCUACUGUCCAGCUGGACACAGCUGCUGCAAGUCAUCAACCGGCCAGUUGGCAUGCUGUCCAUAUCCUCUGGGUCAGUGCUGUCAGGAUGGAAAGCACUGCUGUGAAUAUGGCCAUGACUGUGAUCCCACAUCUACUGUAUGCAAUAAAGGCUACAUAAGCGUUCCUGCUCUUCUGACAAAAGAAGCACUGCGCCGCUGAAUUUUCCUUCCUUGAACAAAAGGCUAAGUCAAUAAAAAGCAAAAGAGUAUUUCAUUUGAUCAAAAAAUCAUUUUUUAAGCUUUAAAGUUUUGCUAUGCUUCAAUAAGCAAGUACAUUUACAUGCUAUUCUUUUCUUAUUUUGAAUGAACAAAAAAUAAAUUGCAAACAUAAAUGCUUUAUUGCUUAUGCCAAUU